CCCCUGAACCGUCGCACCUUCGGUCCUUUUGAUCUCGACAAUGUCUUCGUACUACGAACCUCAGGGCUGGCAAGCACCCGCUGCGCGCCAGGCCUCUUGGGAGCAGCCGGCGCCUCCCUCCCGGUCAGGAUCGAGUUCGGUCUCCCAGCGCGAGGAUAUCCCGGCCUUUUCCUCUCAAUUUGACGAGGUCGAUCGUGCGAUCGACAAUCUCGUCAAGAGCGGGAAGCUGUGGAAUGCUCCUCGGCGGGAUUCGAUGCCCAUGAUGAUGGGCCGGCCCUACCCCGACUACGACCCUCGUAUGGGUGGUGGCCCUCAGCGACACCAUUCGAUCAGCGAGUUCGAUGGCAAUCGCGUCCCCCCGUCUGGCAAUGCCCAGGGUUUCUAUGCCUCCCAGCGGUACCAGGGUCGUCCCAACGAGGUGGAACAGAUGAUGCAGGCGAAGCGUCGGAUGGCAGCACAGCGUGAGAGGGAACUCCGCAACUAUCACCAGGAGCAACAGUACAACCGAAGCCUCCUCGCCGAGAUGUCUGCAUCCAAAUCCGACCGCUCCACCAGCCCAGCUGCCGUGAGCGAGGACAGUCGUCGCGAACUCCUCGCCCGCCAGCACCGCGCCCUGUACGGCAACGAAAGCCCAGCCUUCUUCCCGCCCGGUGCCUUCUCCGAUGAUAACCCACGCCCAGAUAGCCAAGCCGGCGGCGGCACCCCGUCGUCCGCCGUCCGUGGAUCCUCCCCGCGAGGCAUGGACCCAUUCGGUCUGACACAGGCCGGCACCACUAGCGCCGAUGCCACCACGGGUCUGCAGUCGCCCUCGCGCGCCAACAGCACCUCCUCGCCUAGCUCCGCCAUCAACGCCAGCUUCGGCGCCGAGCAGCCCGUAACCUCGACCUCGUCGCCCGUCGCCGACUCGCCCUCAUCCCGCCAGGCCCCUUCCAAGCCCGUCGCUGGUCCUAUCGGCUCCGUCGGUCCCAUCGGUUCCCGUCCUGCCCCCGGCCAGACAUCUGCGCCCCCUGCCAACCAGGCGUUGAACAAGCGCUCCAUCACCCCUCUCCCCUCCCCGCUCGGGCUCGGCUUCACUCCCGCCGACCCCACUGCUGGCCCUGCCACCGAGCGCACCUCCUCGGCCGGCCCUAGCCCAGCUAUGACCUCUGCAGCUGGUGCCCCUGGCGCCAAGGACCAGGCUGGCGGUGUUAGCCUCGGCUGGAGCAACGGCAGUGGCGUCUGGAGCUCCAAGAGCGGGCUCGGCGUGCAAGCUUCUGUUUGGGGAUAG